UCACCUCAUUAGAAUGAUAUUUUGGCUUAGACUUUUGCACAUAAAGCGGCUGCCUCUGCCUGCUUGCAAAACUCACAAGCUGGAAACAUGGCCGAGCUGGUGGAGCUGCAGCCGGAAGACGAGAUGUACGAGAAAAUUUUCAAACUGACCAUCGGCCUCAGCCAAAAUAUGUCCAUUGAAAAGAUUUACGCAAUCAUCAAUCCGACGUUGCAGUCCAUAUUCGAAGUGGGGAAAUUCGUAAUCGAAGAGGAAAUCGGCGGGGAGAGCGAAGUUUUUGACCUUUUCCACGGAUCGCCGGAAGCAAGGAAAAUCGCCCACGAAGGUUUCGACCUAAGUCUGGCCAAAGAUUGUGGAAUUUUCGGCAAAGGUGUUUACCUGACGGAAGAUUCUUACCAGGCGCUUGACUACAGCACGUGUCCUGACCCAGAAAGCGACAAAUCCGACUGCACCCCGCAAAUCCUCCUCUGCCAGUGCAUUAUGGGGAAGCAUUUCAGAAUAAGCCAAUUUAUCCAAUGCAACAAGCGCGUUCCACCUGGCUUUCACAGCAGCGCCUUGUGGAUCACCAAUCUUCGCGUUCCCAGGACUACCUACUGCUUCCCAAAACGUGAACAGGUUCUCCCGUACGCCCUUAUUGAAUGCAGACGGCGCCCAAGGGAAUAAGAAUCAGAAGAAAUUUUCUCUAAUCCGCUGAAGUUUUUACAUGAAAUACUUCCUUCUGCUGUGAAAAGCCUUUGAAAGUAAUCAACAAACGCUGCAUGCUACAAUUCAGUAAUGCGAAUAUCAGGAGCACUUUUAAACGUUUUCAAUUUUUUAUAAUACUUUUUUUGGAAAAUAUGCUUGUUUUCAUCUCAAAACGCUUGAUUUUAUAAAAAGUUGUUUUACGCAAUCAGCCGGCAGUGCGAUUCUUUCCGUGUCCUGCCAAAUUUCAACGCAUAAGCACUGGGCUAAAAAUACUUGGUUUAUUUGGUUUGGACUGUGUGUUGCGGAGAUGUGUCUGCAUGAUUCAGAGAGCCGCUGCCUUAGACUUUUGAGCGCAUUUUAUUUUAUAUAAAAGUGAGGCUGCUGCUUCAAAAAUUUAUUUCUGUACUUUCAACGCUUUUUUACAUAACCGCAGUGCAGAGCAAAUAAAUUUGCCAGUUUAAAAGUAAUAAAAUAUUCUGCGAUUUUUAC